GCUCCGGUAAACGAAAGGGCAGAGAGAGAGAGCGUGAGCGUCUCGGGUUAAUCCACGCACACACGCGCACAUACACGCACACGCGGACACACACUCUCCGUGCAGCGCGCGAGAAUGAUGGAGAGAUAGAGCGGUGAAGGAGGGAUGAAGGAGGGAAGGACAGGAUGAAGUGUGUUGUGUUAGCGCUGUGGCUCGCGCUCGCAGCCGCCCAUGCAACUACUGAAGCUCCUGAGGAGUUCAUGUCUCUGGCUGAGUUGGAGGACACACUGUUGAGGAAUGUGUUUAGAGGUUAUCAGAAGUGGGUGAGACCUGUGCUUCACGCCAACGACACCAUCACCGUCCGCUUUGGCCUCAAGAUAUCACAGCUGGUGGACGUGGAUGAAAAGAACCAGCUGAUGACUACUAAUGUCUGGCUGUGGCAGGAGUGGACGGACUAUAAGCUGCGCUGGGACCCGGAGGAUUAUGGGGGAAUUACGUCCAUAAGAGUGCCCUCAGAGAACAUCUGGCUGCCUGACAUCGUCCUCUAUGAGAAUGCCGACGGUCGUUUUGAGGGUUCUCUGAUGACCAAAGCCAUCGUGAGGUAUGACGGCACCAUCACGUGGACGCCUCCGGCCAGCUACAAGUCCUCUUGCACCAUGGACGUGACCUUCUUUCCCUUCGACCGGCAGAACUGCUCCAUGAAGUUCGGCUCGUGGACCUACGAUGGCACCAUGGUGGACCUGGCCCUGGUUGACCCCCACGUGGAUCGAAAGGACUUUUUCGACAACGGCGAGUGGGAGAUCCUGGACGCCACUGGACGGCGGGGCAGCCGGCGAGACGGCAUCUACUCCUACCCCUUUAUCACCUACUCCUUCAUUAUGAAGCGCCUUCCUCUCUUCUACACGCUCUUCCUUAUUAUACCCUGCCUCGGACUGUCCUUCCUCACCGUACUGGUCUUCUACCUGCCGUCGGACGAAGGCGAGAAGCUCUCUCUCUCCACCUCUGUCCUGGUCUCACUCACGGUGUUCCUGCUUGUCAUUGAAGAGAUCAUCCCAUCCUCCUCCAAGGUCAUCCCACUGAUUGGCGAGUACCUGCUCUUCAUCAUGAUCUUCGUCACCUUCUCCAUCAUCGUCACCGUCUUCGUCAUCAACGUGCACCACCGCUCCUCGGCCACCUACCACCCCAUGGCACCGUGGGUGAAGAGCCUUUUCCUGCAGAAGCUGCCCAGGCUGCUGUGCAUGCAUGGCCACACUGACCGCUACAGAUACCCGGACAUGGAGCUGCGCAGUCCCGAGCUGAAACGAGGGAUGAAGAGAGGGCAGCAGAGGAGUGCAGGAGGGGUCGGGGGGAAGGAGGAUGAAAACCAGGCCUGGCUGUCCAUGCUGGAGAAAGCCACCAGCUCUGUGCGCUACAUAUCCAGACACAUUAGGAAAGAGCACUUCAUCAGAGAGGUGGUCCAAGACUGGAAGUUUGUGGCUCAAGUGUUAGACCGGAUCUUCCUGUGGGCCUUCCUCACUGUAUCUGUGCUCGGCACCAUCCUCAUCUUCACUCCGGCCCUGAAGAUGUACCUCAGCACGGCUUCUUAAACACACACAGACAUACACCCACCAAAAAUUUACACCAAUACCCAUUAACCCAUCCUUACUAUGCACACCUGAUAUUUACACCCACCCCACCACGGUCUUGCUUAAUGACACACCCCAAAAAUGUAUUAUAAUCCCCAUUACAACCAUCCUUGACCACAUACCCCAAAGAUUUAUACCAACCCCAUUACAAACUUCAUUAAACACACACACCCCAAAAAUU